UAUCCUGUUGCUUCUCCCCAGGGAUCUGCCAAGUUAGAGAAGGCGGAAAUAUUGCAGAUGACAGUGGAUCACUUGAAGAUGCUCCAGGCCACAGCAGGAAAAGGAUACUUUGAUGCUCAUUCUCUGGCCAUGGACUUCAUGAGCAUCGGCUUUCGGGAGUGUCUUACUGAAGUGGCGAGGUAUUUGAGCUCCGUUGAAGGUCUGGACUCCAGCGACCCCCUCCGCAUCCGCUUGGUUUCUCACCUCAGCAGCUGCGCCUCGCAGAGGGAAGCGGCCGCCAUGACCACAUCAAUGGCCCAUCACCAGCAGGCCCUCCACCCGCAUCAGUGGGCCGCCGCUUUGCAUCCCAUCCCAGCAGCGUUCCUGCAACAAAGUGGACUUCCGUGCUCCGAGAGUUCCUCUAUCAGGCUGUCUGAGGUUCCUCAGAGGAGUGCAGCCCUGUUGACCUCCUCCUUCACCCACAGUGACUCCGCGCUCAGAGCGCCCUCUACUGGCAGCAUCACUCCUUGCGUACCGCCGCUGUCCACCUCGCUGCUUUCGAUAUCGGCGACCGUUCAUGCGGCGGCCGCUGCUGCAGCGGCACAAACCUUCCCUCUAACGUUUCCCGGUGGAUUCCCGCUUUUCAGCCCCAGCGUAAUGGCAUCUUCGGUGGCUUCUUCCUCCGUGAGCCCUUCCGUUUCCACAUCCACCACAUCCCAACAGAGCAGCGGAAGCAGCAGUAAACCAUACCGACCGUGGGGGACUGAAGUGGGAGCGUUUUAAGUGUUGGAUUUGCUCUUGUUGCAUCUGGACGUCUUCCACACUUUGUACAUAAAGGAAACAAAACAGCUAUUGUGCCUGCUUUGGUCAGCACUUUGGGUUUUUUCUUUACACUUGUACACAUAUGCAACAUCAAACAUAAGCCAACUUUCUGAGAGGGAAAGAAAGACUGACUUUACACUUCAAGCUGCGUGAAAACCCAUAACGAUGAAGAGCGAUUUUCAUUUUUGAAGAAAAAAUCAGUUACUGUUUUAACUUCAUGUAAAGGACUGUACUGUGCGACAGUGCCUGCAUAAACACUGCUAAAAUACUGCAUUUGAGAUGUAUGCUUAUAGAAAAAGCAUAUGUGAUUUUCACAAACAUACAGUAGCUUUAGAGUAAAACAGAACAGUUUGUUCAAAGACAAACCAAAGGUUUUGCAGAUAAUCACUAAAGUCAGGUGUGAAUCAGUUUUGUAAUCUAUGAUUUAACAAUCCAGUUUGUAAAUCUGUAUAUGUGUAAGAUUGUAACUAGAGUUUAUAUUGAAAUUAGACAGAUGAGUUGGUAUGAUGCACUUCAAUCACUACUGUUUUUUGGGGGAGACAGGAUCUUCUCCACUUUACACAAUAGGCCUACUGUAUUUUUUAAAAAUAACAUUCACUAAUACUCAUAUGUGAGAUUUUCUACUACUGGAACUUUGUUACCUUUUUAAUAACCCUACCAUGCUCUGUAAGAUGUAACCUUUUUUCUAUGCAAAAAAGAAAAAAAAACAGAUGUCCCUAAA